AGAUUCUGCCAUAUUUUCAUGUAUAUACAAUAUCAUUCUGCUGAGAAACAGUGAAUUGUAUUAUUCAAGUCUUACUAUUAUAUCUUUGCAUCUUGAAUUUAUUAUUUAAAACAAAUCUAAAUAUUGGUACUUUACUGGCUGAAUCAUGGAUUUGGAAUUGUAUAACAAGUAUGAUUCUAUCAAGAGAAAGACAAGGACUCCAAGCUACAAAGCACUCCUUUCAAUGCAAUUUGGCUCAAGCUUCACCUCUACUAAACAAAAUAAAAAUGAUGAAGUGGUUUCCAGAAGAAAAAAUCUGAAUGAUGCUUACUGUGCAUCAAAACUUGGCCACAAAGUCAAGUCAAAAGUUAAAAGAACUGUGGGGCAAGCAAAUUUCAGUGGCAAACCUAAAGACCUUGGUAGACCUUCUAAGAAGCUGAGAACAAAUUACAUUGAUGAAGUGAAAGAAGUGGACUCCAUCACUGAACCCAAAGUAGUAAAAAAAGUUGAUGAUAGCAUCUGUGUGGGCUUGCCAUCUUUUCCCAGUGAGUGCAGUGAAUCUGCCCUUUCCUUUGAUGGAUUUUCUGACGUGGAAGACAAAUUUGUGAAGAAACAGCUAGAAGUACUGGAACAUGUGAAUUCCUUUAGAAGUGAAGGAAGUAAAUCAUUCUGUGGGUUUAGUACUGAUGAAUUUUCUACAAGUGAGUUGUCAGAAAUUGGUGGGUCCUGCUAUAAUUCUGAAGUAGAUGAAGCUCAAAAAAAUGACUCUUUUACAUUGGAAAGUAAUGAAGUGAGUCGAGUUAGCAAUGAAUUCAAUGAAGUGACAGAUAAUUUUGAUGAAUGUUGUCCAGAACAGCCUCAGACUGAAAGAAAUGCAAGCACUAUAACAUUCAGUCAGAAACACUCUGAUGGGCCAAAAAUGAUGAAGAGAUCCAAACAAGAACCUUCCAUAGAUGAAAACAAUUCUAGCAUAAAAGCAAUAGAUCAAAACCUAUUCAAAGAAGACAGUCUCUCCAGCAAGUCUCCUAAAUGUGCUUCCGCACAGGUUGUCAAAACACAAGAACCCAUUGAUGAUGCUCCAGGUGCAGUACACUCUCUUCCUCAUGCUGAAUCAGGCAAGGAAAAUUAUCAAGUUAAUUCAUCAACACCAAUGGUAACUGAUAAAAAGGAACUUAUAUCUGAAGAACUUAAACAAGAAAUUUGGACAACACAUUUAUCUUUCUCUAAAGUUUUGAAAAGACGAGCAAACAACUCCAAGGAAAAACAUACAAAUUUGCAAAAUGCCCUGAAUGAUGCUCUAAGUUUUUUUGAGACAACAAUGCCUGGAGUUGAAGACAAUGAAUAUAAAACCUCCUUUAACAAUAAGGAAAAUGAUGCAAUCACUGCCACCAAUGGAAUCAAUUCCAGAAAAGUUGAUAGGGAAAAGGUAUUAAUAUCAGAACCAGUUGAUAACAUAAUUUCAGUCAAGGUUGAUUAUGACCACCCUGGAAAUGUAAAGGAAAUACCUAUGAAUAAUAAAGAUGCCGGCCAUAAAAAAAUUGCAAGUCUGCAGGAUGCUCUUAGUGAUGCUGUAGAUUUUUUCAAGCUAACUGAUGGAGAAGACGAUGAAGAAGGCAAAGAAGAAUUUAAGCUCCCUUUGGCAAGAUUAGUAGAGCAUGAUUCUUCUUCAUUGCCCAUAAGAAAAAUUUGUCAAAACUCAAAGCCAAAUCAAUCUAGUCCAAGAAAUACUCUAAUUUCCCCAGAAAAUUACACGACUCACAAAAUUAAUGAAUGUGCAUCUCAAGACCUGGAUGAAACAAUGUUUGAAGAAGCUGUAGCUUUAUUGAGUGAUAGUCCCAGCACAGGUUGUGUGCUAAGGCAUGGCAGCAAGUGUGUGUCAAAAGACUCAGCUCUCCACUUGACAAUGUCAGAUGUGAUCACCCACUGGUUGACUACAGGACAAGCUAAGUACAGCAGCAAUGAGCUAAAUAGUGAGCCUGAAGAGAUACUAGCUUCUGAGGCCAAUGAUAGUGACUGUGAUGCAAUGCAGUCCAGUUUAUUUGAUCAAAACAUGCCUGAUGGUAAAAUGUCUUCAGAAGUAGGUGCUGCCAUGCAAACCUCAGUUGGAACUAAAAACUUGAGUGAUGGAAGAAAAGUAAAUAUUGAUCAUCAAGGAAUUUUUGAAACUCAAUAUCCCAACUUCCUAGAGGAAGUGUCUGCCACAGCCAAUUGUAUUGAGAGCGUGCAUAGCUUCAUAAACAGCAGUCUUGAAAUGUCUUUCAGCAACUCUGAGUUUGACUUGCUCCAUCAAAAUCAGCCGAUGGAGACUAUCAUAGAGAGCCAGCCUGACACACUUGGGGCUGAAAUGCAUGGUUCUCCUUCUGAUGUGUACAACUGCAUCCUUCAGCUUUGCAUGGACCCGCUAGCUCCAGUUCCUAAGGGUGCUUUGAGAAGUCUCUUUACAAACGUCUUCCUGAAAAGCCCUCUUACGUUGAAAACCGAGUGCUUUUCUUCUUGUUAUGAACGCUACACAGAACUUCUUGCUAGGGCUCAACAGUAUGAAGAGAAGCGCCUUGUGGAAAUGGACCUCACUGCCGUUGCUGCCAAGUUUGGCAGCACCAAAACUUGUGUUGAGGAAGAGCGUGUGAAACGCAAGUACACUAAGCGCAAGCAUCUGAAAUCUUCACCUCAGACUAACCCAUCAAAGGACUCCAUAUGUGAUGCGCCUGUCAAAGAGUCUCCCAGAAGACUUAGCAGCAGCAAAUGUGGCAGUGUCGAUGCUGAAGCUGUCAAGGAGAAGAGAGCAAACUUGCGACUUCGGUUACCUAUACCAUUGGAAAAUUAUGGCUGCUUGUCUGAUGAGUUUGUUAUGCGUGCUGAGGAGUUGGAGCUACCUUACUUGUUAGGCUGGCGCCGGGAGGUGGUGUCGCGGCAGGCUCGUCACAGCUCAGUGAGCGUGGACACAUACUACUACUCCCCUGAGAAAAUCAAGCUGCGUUCCUAUGCCAACAUCCUUCAGUACUUUGAGUUGUACGAGUACAUCAGACCUGCCAAGCCCUUCUUGACCUACCACUCCCUUCAUUGUAAAUUGUAUGAGUACAUCAGACCUGCCAAGCCCUUCUUGGGUCGGCCGGCUGCGUCCUCUAGACAUCUGAGCAGGAAUCUUCGCAUGAGGUCUAUGGAUUAUGUGAGCGACUUUGACUUCCUUGGCUUUAUGGAAGAGGAUUCGUUGCUGGACUUUGAGGGAUUCUCUACAGAUCAAAAAACACUUGAAGCCAAGCGAAUAAAGCUGGACGAAUCAGCAGAUUUUGAUUAUGAUCUGCAUGGCACUUCGAUCAAUCACUUCAUGGAGCUAGAUGAAUCUUUUGAUGUUGAUGUUAAAGAUGAGCUGCUGAAUUCUUUGAUGAACGAAACUGCAAAUUACAGCGAUCACCAUUUGUUGUUACAUGAAAAUACAACUUUUGGAGAUCACCACUCAAUGAAUGAAGCUACAACACACGAAGAAAGCCCUUCUUUAAUUAAUGAGGCUAUGAGUUACGAACGACGCCCUUCAUUCGUGGAUGAAGAGCCUAGAGACCGAAAAGAAGCUCUGAACACACACGCUGACUUUCAGAUGCUGGAGGGGAAUUGUGAGGGCAGUCCUGAGGCCAUCGGCAGGAAAACGGCCUCUGAGCAUCUCGAGCUCGAGAAAGCAGGGCAUAGUGACGAAGAUGAAGCUCCAGUACACAAGGUUUCUAACCACACGACCAACGAACGAAGUGUUGCUUCCCCCACGGCCGCGUUUCACAAAGAAGUAAACAGCAAGAGCCAACUUGUAAGUGCAGUCGAGUGCGUCGACGGGUGCGAGGAUGAAUCCAAUAAAGUUUUGAUGGGGACACGUGAUUUUGAGGAUGGUGAUUGUGAAGAGAACAGUGACGGCAGUGAAGCAGAUGAUGAGGUUGAAGCGUUUGAUGAUGAAUUUGUAGAAGCUGAAAAAUAUUUUGAAGAUAGUGCAGCCAGUGAUUUGGAAGGUACUGCAGACGAUGAUGAAUAUUUGAAAAAAUUGGUGGAAAAAGAUACGGUAGAUACUGCAAGCUAUGACUUGGAAGAGACCGUAGAAGGCAAAUUAGACGAAACUGAAAAUAAUCCUGAAAAUUUCCAAGGUGCCAGUAGCAUAAAAAGUACUGCCAAUUAUUGCUCAGAGGCGUCAGUUCAUUAUGCAGAUUCACCUCUAGAACUAACCAAACACCAAGGGGAAGAGUUGUUUUUAAACGAGCAAGAUGAACGAACUAAGUCAAACGAGACCUCACGUGGUGGCCUGCAGGUUUUAUCGGCCCAAAAAAUAACUUCAGUUCCUGAGGCAACGUUGAGUACGUUCCAGUCUAUCAAAGCUCCUCAUGGAAAGGAAGAAGAAGCGACAACUCGCAACAUGGAUGGUCACAGCAUGAGGGAACCACUUAUGAAAAUGUCAGGCUUGACAGCAGAAGGCAACUUCUCAAAUGCUUGUAUGGAAACAUCACGGGUCGGACCGGAGGUGCCAGAAUGCAUCCCACCUGUCCUUAGUAACGUUGCGGUAAAUCAAUGCAUCAAUACACCCAUUACAACCUUGAUGCUCCUCGAUGGUCUUAAUGGUGACGCGGUGGCUGGCAAGACUGACGCUGUGGUUGCCGGCAAGACUGACGCUGUGGUUGCUGGCAAGACUGACGCUGUGGUUGCUGGUAAGACUGACGCUGUGGUUGCUGGUAAGACUGACGCUGUGGUUGCCGGCAAGACUGACGCUGUGGUUGCCGGCAAGACUGACGCUGCGGUUGCUGGCAAGACUGACGCUGCAGUUGCUGGCAAGAUCUUCACCUUCAGGCUGUCAGACUUCUCCCGGGUGCUUAAGAAAUGAAACUCUUGGAAAUUUUGUGCAAACCUUGUGAUCUUGUCUGGAAAACUGGCAGAGAGAAUCAUGGAAACAAAAUAGCGAAUCGUGCAACGCUAAAUAAAUGUCAUUUGUUAGCGUCUGGAAAAAGUGUUAUGAAGUUUAAAUGGAAUUAAUUAACAGAAUAAAAACGGACGAAUUAAUUUGCAAAACACUAAGAACUAGCGUGGUAUGCUGUGGAAGGGUAAUGAAACUUAGAACAGAAAUGAUGAAAUAGUUUUUCUAGUUUCGGAAAAGGAAAGUAUUAUUUCUAGAGAGUUUUUCAAUGUUUUCAGGAGAGAAUUGUAUAUAUUACAAUCGUCCUAGUCCCAGUGGAAGUGUUAGCGUCGUGAUGCCUGCAAUUUGAAAUCAAAGUUUUUGUACCCGAGAUUUCAUUUCUAUAGAUUUGCUGCUGUAGAGGCAGCCUCAAGAUUUCAUCUCAAAAAUAGUUUGUUUUGUAACUCCGAAUAGCAUCGUGAGUCCCAGAAGUUUCUACACCAGCAUCACAAACGUCACCCAUAAAUAAUGAACUUGCAUCUCAACGCAUCUCGUUCAUUAGCAUACUUAUGUAAACGCCAGUACAGUGGUCUCAUCAUCCGAUUUUGUCUGUAGUGUCCAGUCCUCCUUUACAAGUCCAGUUUAAUUAGUUCUGAUUGAUUAGUCGAUUAGUAUAUAAUUAGCCUUGACUGAUCAGUCGGUGCUGGCGUGCGUGUUGCGUAUAUACCCAUGGCAUUUUCAGCCAUUGUCUCUAAGCUAAGGUUAAUAUUAUGCACUUAUAUUGCAGAGUUCUAAACUUUCCGAGGGCUGAUAUUUUUUAUUUUUAAUAGCUCUCUUUAUUGCAUUGUUUUAGAGCUCCUGUUCGAAUUGCCGUCGUCUAUUUUCCCUUAAUUUUUCCAAAGGAAUACUAUGGUUUGUAACAAAAUGCAUGUCAACAUCAUACGUUUGUGGUUAUUUUUGGCAGUUAAGAUACAAGAGGGGAAUAUUAGACACGAUGUUACGUUAUUACCGCCCAUAAGCGAGAUAUUAAAUUCAGUUGAGCAAGCUGUAGAUGUUCCACAUGUUGUCCUGGGGCCAUACUUUCAAAACUCGCUAAGUGAACGUAAGAAACU